GGCUGCUAUAUACUUAGAAAGAAAUUUGAUUGCGAUCUUUACGACAGCUGGAAAUUUUGUAUUGUAAGAGCUUUUGACGUGUUGCGAGAAUUCGUCAAAAUAUUAAAAAUCAUUAUUGUAUUAAAAGAUGUCUUAUGCUUAUCUUUUUAAAUAUAUCAUUAUAGGCGACACAGGAGUUGGAAAAUCCUGUUUGUUGUUGCAGUUCACAGAUAAGAGAUUUCAACCAGUCCAUGAUUUAACUAUAGGUGUUGAGUUUGGUGCUCGUAUGAUUACAAUUGACGGAAAACAAAUAAAGCUCCAAAUUUGGGAUACUGCUGGCCAAGAAGCUUUUCGUUCCAUUACAAGAUCAUAUUAUCGAGGUGCUGCUGGAGCACUUUUAGUAUAUGAUAUUACCAGAAGAGACACUUUCAAUCAUUUAACGACAUGGCUAGAAGAUGCACGUCAGCAUUCCAAUUCCAAUAUGGUUAUUAUGUUAAUUGGGAACAAAAGUGAUUUAGAAUCUCGUAGAGAAGUAAAGAAAGACGAAGGUGAAGCAUUUGCUCAUGAACAUGGACUAGUUUUCAUGGAAACUUCAGCAAAGACUGCAGCAAAUGUUGAAGAGGCAUUCAUUAAUACAGCAAAGGAAAUUUAUGAAAAGAUUCAAGAAGGUGUAUUUGAUAUAAAUAAUGAAGCAAAUGGAAUAAAAAUAGGUCCUCAACAUUCCCCAACUAAUCCAAGUAUGCCAGCAGGUGGUCAAGGUUCCAAUCAGAGUGGGGGAUGCUGUUGAGAUUUUCUUUAUAUUCAGUUACUGAGCUACAAUUUGUAUCAAACCCUGCACAGGAAUAUUUUAUUUAUUAUAUUUUGUAUCUACCAUAAAGAACAGAUUCCUUCCAGUUUAAUUGUAUAAUAUUUAUUACAGGAAUGAUUUAUCAAAAUAUAAGCAUUUUUGCUAACUUCUAUUGCAUUUAUUAUAUAAAAGAUUUUUGUAACUCCAUUUUUUGUUACUCAUCUGAUUUCUCAUACAUAUUUUUCUGUGAUGUUUACUUGUAUCUUCAAAAAUUCAAUUCUCAUAAAGUAUAAAAAUAAAAUACCAUGUACCAUAAUAUAUUAGCAGGGAUUGAAAUCUAGUCAAAUGUUUAUCUGUUUGGUGUUUGUCAUUGUAAUUUGCAUAGAUGGUAAAUGGCAAUAUUUGCUUAAAUGUAAUCCAUAAAAAAAAUCCAUUGUAUAUGGAUGAAAUAAAAUGGGGAAACAAAUAUAUAAAUAUGUUAUUAGUAAGGUUAUUUCUUAGGAAUCUUUAUUUUAGCAAAAAAAACCUUCAAAAUCUUGUGUAAAUAUUUCAGAUACGAGGAUGUUGUAGGAUGCUAUGUAUGAUGGAAUAUUAGAAUUAAUGAAAAACUUUUUCUUUGAAAUUUCAAAAUGCAGUAGCUUAUUUUUUUCUACCAAUUUAAUGGUUGUUGUUAUAGAAAUGAUGAUAUAUUUUGCAUUUUUUUUUUAUAACCAUUCAGUUUUAUGUGCUAAUUAACAAAAAUAUCUUUACUCAAAUCAGAAUUUUGGAUUUGGGAUAAUGUUACUGAAUCAUGAAAAUUUUGAUAUAAAACUAAUAUCUUUCUCUUUCAUACAUAACAUCCUGUAUUUGUGUUGUUAAAUAUAUAAAUUCAAAUUAAUUUUCCUUAUUGCAUUAUUAUAAAAAUUUAAUCAAAAUAUCUGAAAUAUUAAAAUUUAUGUUUGUUUGUUUUAAAAUUUUAAUGAUCAAAUUUAAAUAAACUUCUAGGUUUGCUAUAUUACCUUAAAUGAUGAUCUGUGCUAACAAUUUUCCUAAAUUUAUCAUUAAGUGUGAAUUGAAAUCUUCAAUAUUCUAACAAUCAUGAAUGAAAGAUUUGUACUCAUCAAUAUAAAUUUCACACAUUUAAAAAUGAUUUAGUUAGGACAUUCUUUCAGAGUAAACAUCAAAAAAUUAAUUUAAAUUGUUGAAUCAAUUUUUCUAUAAUUUUG